GCACGCUUCCUCGUUCCUCGGCCUCCCGGCGGCCUGCCGGCCCCUCCUCCUGCUCGCGCUCCCUCCCUCUGCCCCUCCUCGGGCCGCCGCCGCCUCCUCCUCCUCCUCCUCCUCCUCCUCGCUUUCUCUCUCGGUCUGUCCCUCCCGGCCCGGAAUCCAUUCCGGCCUGGGAGCCGGAGCGGCCUGGCCGCCGUCUGCCGGAUCCUCGGGCCGUCUGGUGGUCCGCCCUUCCGUGCGUCUGUCGGCCGGCGCGUCCGCCUGCUGGCCAGCCCAGAACACAGAAGCUCAGAGAAGUGAACUGAUGUGCCCAGCUAUGGGAGAGAGAGCCAUGAUUUGAAACCAGAUGAGGACGCUGAGGCCCAAAGAGGGGAAGUGACUUGCCUAGGGUCACACAGUGGGGAGAGGAGGAACAGGGCUUCUAGUCCAAGGCCCCGAACUCCACACCUGGUGUUUGUGCUGAGACGUCAGGCUGCUUCCCAGGGCUUCUGGGACAGCUCCUGCCUUCCAGCCAGGACUAUGGGCAGCAAUAAGAGCAAGCCCAAAGAUGCCAGCCAGCGGCGCCGCAGCCUGGAGCCCGCCGAGAACGUCCAUGGUGGUGGUGGUGGGGCCUUCCCCACCUCACAGACCCCCAACAAGCCGGCCUCUGCUGAUGGCCACCGCGGCCCCAACACAGCCUUUGCCCCCACGGCUGCCGAGCCCAAGCUGUUUGGAGGCUUCAACUCCUCGGACACAGUCACCUCCCCGCAGAGGGCGGGGCCCCUGGCUGGUGGAGUGACCACCUUUGUGGCCCUCUAUGACUAUGAGUCACGGACAGAGACUGACCUGUCCUUCAAGAAAGGGGAGCGGCUCCAGAUCGUCAACAACACGAGGAAGGUGGAUGUCAGCCAGACCUGGUUCACAUUCAGAUGGCUGCAAAGAGAGGGAGACUGGUGGCUGGCCCACUCGCUCAGCACCGGACAGACAGGCUACAUCCCCAGCAACUAUGUGGCGCCCUCCGACUCCAUCCAGGCUGAGGAGUGGUACUUUGGCAAGAUCACCAGACGGGAGUCAGAGCGGUUACUGCUCAAUGCGGAGAACCCAAGAGGGACCUUCCUAGUGCGAGAAAGCGAGACCACGAAAGGUGCCUACUGCCUCUCGGUGUCUGAUUUUGACAACGCCAAGGGCCUCAAUGUGAAGCACUACAAGAUCCGAAAGCUGGACAGUGGUGGCUUCUACAUUACCUCUCGCACCCAGUUCAACAGUCUGCAGCAGCUAGUGGCCUACUACUCCAAACACGCAGAUGGCCUGUGCCACCGCCUCACCACCGUGUGCCCCACAUCCAAGCCACAGACUCAGGGCCUGGCCAAGGAUGCCUGGGAGAUCCCCCGGGAGUCCCUGCGGUUGGAGGUCAAGCUGGGCCAGGGCUGUUUUGGAGAAGUGUGGAUGGGCACCUGGAAUGGCACCACCAGGGUGGCCAUCAAAACCCUGAAGCCAGGCACGAUGUCUCCAGAGGCCUUCCUGCAGGAGGCCCAGGUCAUGAAGAAGCUGAGGCAUGAGAAGCUGGUGCAGCUGUACGCGGUGGUGUCGGAGGAGCCCAUCUACAUUGUCACAGAGUACAUGAGCAAGGGGAGUUUGCUGGACUUUCUCAAGGGGGAGACGGGCAAGUACCUGCGGCUACCUCAGCUGGUGGACAUGGCUGCUCAGAUUGCUUCAGGCAUGGCGUAUGUGGAGCGGAUGAACUACGUUCACCGGGACCUCCGUGCUGCCAACAUCCUUGUUGGAGAGAACCUUGUGUGCAAAGUAGCUGACUUCGGGCUGGCUCGGCUCAUUGAAGACAACGAGUACACAGCCCGGCAAGGUGCCAAGUUCCCCAUCAAAUGGACGGCUCCAGAAGCUGCCCUCUAUGGCCGGUUCACCAUCAAGUCAGAUGUGUGGUCCUUUGGGAUCCUGCUGACAGAGCUCACGACAAAAGGACGUGUGCCCUACCCUGGGAUGGUGAACCGUGAGGUGCUGGACCAGGUGGAGCGGGGCUACCGGAUGCCCUGUCCGCCUGAAUGUCCCGAGUCCCUGCACGAUCUCAUGUGCCAGUGCUGGCGGAAGGAGCCUGAGGAGCGGCCCACCUUUGAGUACCUGCAGGCCUUCCUGGAGGACUACUUUACGUCCACCGAGCCCCAGUACCAGCCCGGAGAGAACCUCUAGGGAGCAGGCUUUAGGGCCAGACUGGCUUUGGGCUUGGAUCCGGGGUGCCCUCGCCGGCCCACCAUUGAUCCUCUCUAGAGGGCUGACCUUCCAGUGACCAGGCCCGGCCCUCUCCCAUGGCGUGGAGGGCCACGGGGCCAGGGACAGCCCCAAGGGUGGGGUCCAAGGCUGGCACAGUGACUGCUCCCGGCUCCCGCUCCAGCCACAUGCCUCCUCCCUUCGUCUCCUCCUGGAGCUCUUCGUAUCUCGGCUCGGGGAAGAUGGGCUGGGGCUGAGGGCGCCCUCUCCCCAGCCUCCACCUGCUCCACGUGCUGUCUCCUUCCCACCGCCGCAUGGCCCAGGUCCGCCUCCGGAGCUGGCCGAAGAGCCUUUCCAAAGAGGAGUGAUGGGCCCUGGCCCUCAGCCUGCCUGCCACCCUGCUCCAUGCCCUCCGUUUCUAAAAUACCUGUUGCUGGAGGCUGCUGGGUCCAGACGCCUCUGCUGUGGCUCCCAGGCUGGUAGCCUGAGCCCCAGCUUGGCUUGAUGGUGGGUGGCGUGGGCAAACCUUGCCCUUCUUACACCUGAGGGCCUCUUAGAGAUCAAUUCUUUGUCUGCAUAGUACCCAGGGGGAAACUGAGUCCACAGAGGGCCCAGGGCCACAGAGCAAUUCAGGGCUGACUGGAACCUGGUGCUCCCUGUCUUCCUCAGGAACCAACAAGAUGGUCCUCGGAGGCAUGGCUUGUGGACAGACUGGGGCAGCCCAGCGAGGGGUCUGAGGGCAGGUUAGAGAUGGCAGAGGGAGUCCUGCCCCUGUGCGCUCGCAGGGCUGUGGUGAGAGAGAGUGGAGGCGGACGUAGGCUGAGCAAGGAACCGGGGGUGAGAGUGCAGGUGCGGGGAGGCAGGCUUCCAGGAGAAUGUUAGCAGUUUUUGACCCUCAGAGAUAGCCAGCCAUGAAAGGGAGUGAGCUCCCAGGCUCUGGAGGCAACCAAGCAGAAGUAGAAGACACAAGUGGUUGGCAGGCUCUGGCCCUGGCCUCAAGAGGGAACCCCAGGUCCUCUUUCCCCUGUUUUGUCCUGUGUCAUUUCAACACCUGGCCCCUGAUCUCGUCCCUAAGUUGGCACCUGUUAGCUCAUGAGUGAGAAAGCGGUGUCCAGCCUCGGGUGAGAGAGGAUGAGGCCGUCUGCUGUCAUGCACCAGGACGGGCUGCAAGGCCUCAGGUGGCCCCUGCUUCCACUCUGGGCCGCAGUGCCGGCCUCCAUGUGUGGCCAUCCACUCCUGUCCAGACCCUGUGGCCUGGCGGCGUGUGGUGAGACCGUUUUGGCCCUAACUCUGCUGUUCAGCCUUAGGUGAUGGGGUGGCUUCUCCGUGGGACUCAGUGUGCCCAUAUUAAAAGGGGUGGCUGACGUUUUGUGGGCAUGUUGCCUAGGGCCUCUGUGUGUGUGUGUGUGUGUGUGUGUUCACGUGUGUGCCUCCAUGUGUGUCCAUAUUUAACAUGUAAAAAUGCCCCUGCUCUGUCCCCUGGACAGGUUGUACAUUUCACCCACAGCCCCUCAUCAUAGCAAUAACACUCCUGCUGCCCGGGGUUCCCAGGCCGGCCAGGCCCUACCAGCAGGGAAGGAGGCCAAGUGGUGCCUGCCUAUGAAAUUUCAACUUUUCCUUUCAUACAUGUUUAUUACCUAAGUCUUCUCCUGUCCGUCCCUGUCAAAUCUGGGCAUGCUUACUGCGGUGUGCUCGCAAAUCCCCAUCCAACUGCCCAAGGCCCUUUGUAUAAGGUGUCCCAAUACUGUCCCUUUUUUUUUUUUUAACAGUGUUUUGUAGAUUUCAGAUGACUAUGCAGAGGCCUAGGGGAUCCCCGGCUCUGGGCAGAGCCUCGGGGGCCCCACAUUCCAUGGCCCAGGCUUGGUGGGGGGGGGGAUGCAGAAGUGGUUGUAAAUACUUUGCAUAUUGUCUGAUUAAACACAAAUGACCUCACA